UGCCGCCUGAAACCUCACUUCUUCCAGCUCCUAGACAAAAGAAAAACAAAGAGAGUUUAUUCAGAAGUAAAGCAAGCAGAGAGAGAGAGAGAGAGAGAGAGAAAAUGGAGGGGAAAGAAGAAGAUGUGACGUUAGGAGCAAACAGGUUCCCAGAAAGGCAACCUAUAGGCACCGCAGCUCAGACUGAGAAGGACUAUAACGAGCCACCAUCGGCACCAUUGUUUUUGCCUGGUGAACUCAAGUCCUGGUCUUAUUAUAGAGCUGGAAUUGCCGAGUUCAUGGCCACCUUCUUGUUCCUCUACAUCACUGUCUUAACUGUCAUGGGCUACAACAGGUCACCUAACAAGUGUGCCUCUGUUGGUGUUCAGGGCAUUGCUUGGGCUUUUGGUGGCAUGAUCUUUGCCCUUGUUUACUGCACUGCUGGUAUCUCAGGUGGGCACAUAAAUCCAGCGGUGACAUUUGGUCUUCUCUUGGCAAGAAAGCUGUCACUGAACAGAGCUAUAUUCUACAUGGUGAUGCAGUGCCUUGGGGCUAUCUGUGGAGCCGGGGUGGUUAAAGUGUUCCAGCCAACACCGUACGAGAGGGUUGGCGGUGGAGCCAAUAUGGUGAACCCUGGGUAUAGCAAGGGUGAUGGCCUUGGUGCUGAGAUUGUCGGUACCUUUGUACUUGUCUACACUGUUUUCUCUGCUACUGAUGCCAAGAGAAGUGCUAGAGACUCUCAUGUCCCUGUGUUGGCACCACUGCCUAUUGGGUUUGCAGUCUUUCUGGUUCACUUGGCAACCAUUCCCAUUACAGGAACUGGCAUCAACCCUGCUCGGAGUCUCGGAGCUGCCAUCAUAUACAACAAGGAUCAUGCGUGGGAUGAUCAUGAAAUUCUUGCGACACGUCUGAGAAUGGGGCAAGUCCCAAAUGAGUGUGCUUCAUUUAUAAUAUUCACACACUGCUUAUUAAUUUAUGCGCCGGACUUGCAUAAGAUCUCGUGAAGGUUUUGGGCUAGCCUUGGGCCAAGGAUAUUAUUUGUCAGAAUUAGUGGCUUGGGCUGGUUUGAUUUGUGGGGCAGGCUCAGAUCAAUCAAGUUGCAAUUGCAAUAACUAGACCAUUUUAAGAUUUAAUAUUUUUUUUGUUAAUUUUGACAUAGAAUUAGGAAGUUUGAUACAUGUACUAUGUGUACUCUCUUGAGAUCUGAAUUUAUGUGCGGUUUAUUAAUGUAUUAGUUAAUAAAUUA